AAGAAAGGAAGAGGCCGUGAGCUGCUAAGUGUUAGCCAACCUGAGGCAGAAAGAUGUCACCUUAUUGUGUCAUUCUAGCUGGCACUAGAAACCCGCACGCUUAGAGAAAAGCCAAGUUCCUACUUUAAACUCCUUUGUGCUUUCGUUAGGGUACGGAAGCUGACGAAAGGGAAAGUAACUGCAAUGUUUUGGACAAAAAACGUUAACAAAGCUAGCUGACUGGUUUAGGUAGUAAGCUAACGAUAGCUAAGCUAACAUUAGCCAACAACCGUUGAGGAGCGAACCUACCUGAAACGUUUUGAGCAGGAGAAAUGCCAACACCUCGGGGAUAUUUCACCAAAUAAGACAGCAGACGUAACCGGCAUCAAAUGAAAGGUGGUGGAAGUGGAACUUGACCCAUCCAACUGAGUCACCAUUUUCCUGCACAUAAUGGGUAUGAUGGCUCCACUGUAUGCAUGACUUGUUUAGUGUGGCCUGAUGGGAGGACACUGUGGAUAGUACUUUCAUCGGGAUACCAGGAGAGACAUCCCAUGCCCCCACUUUGGAGGGCCUGUCAGAAUGAAGAAAAUAAGCCUUAAGACCAUCCGAAAAUCCCUCAGUAUAAAGGGCAAAGAGGAGGGUGACUUUGUCAUGCUCCAGCAGCCCUCAGUGACGACAGAGUUUUCAAAGGAAGAGUCACUUUUUGGGGGCUGCUACACCAAAGAGCUUUCUGGCUGUGACCUCGGCAGUGAGGAGGACAAGGGGGGGCAGAAGGGGCGCUCAAAGAGCGAGAGCCUUAUGGGAUCGCUCAAGAGAAGGUUGUCUGCCAAGCAGAAAGCAAAAGUGAAAGGCAGCUCCUCGGCCAUAGGCUCAGUGGAUGAUGAUGACACCUUCUCAUCCUCGUCUGUGCCCAUCAGCUUCAACGAGGUGAAAGCCCAGAGACCCCUUAGAUCUUCAUCUCUACGUAGUCACCAUUACAGCCCCUCGCCAUGGCCUCUUCGUUCUGUCAAUUCUGAUGAGGCUUGUAUCAAGAUGGAGGUAAAAGUUAAAGCCAUGGUUCACUCACCAAGCCCCAGUCCCAACUUAAACGGUGUCCGGAAAGAAUUUCAUGAUUUCCAGAUGGAAGGGCUCUUUCAGGACCAAGCAGAAUCCUUAAAGAAUUUCCAGCAGCCACAAAACGGUGAGCUGCUUCUAAAUAUAGAUGAAAAUGAUGUGCCUGACGUGCUGGGGUUGACUCCCCAGGACUACAUCCAGUACACAAUGCCUUUAGAUGAGGGAAUGUAUCCAGAAGGGUCCCACUCCUGCUGCCUGGACAGCUCCUCUCCUAUGGAGGUGGGGACUGAAGCAGACAAUGCGUCCCUCCACACAGACCAGGGACAGGAGGAGCAUGAACUGGUUAGUGGGCUGCCUCCGGAUCUCUUCAUGGAAACCUCAGUUAAUAGUCUCCUCAUCGGUUCUGCUGGUGUGAUGCUCCAAAGCUCCAGAGUGGAGAUCCCGCCUCCACUCUCUCCUCUCCUGCCGCCCAUAACAAGUAACGGACAUAUUCCCAGGACUUUUUCAGGGUUCAGCUCUUCAGACAGCCAGGUAGCCGAGAGGGUAAGACACCACCUCAACUUCGACCCAAACUCAGCUCCAGGGGUUAGUCGGGUAUACGACUCAGUCCAGAGCAGUGGGCCCAUGGUUGUCACCAGCCUGACAGAGGAGCUGAAGAAACUGGCAAGGCAGGGCUGGUACUGGGGCCCCAUCACUCGCUGGGAGGCGGAGGAGAAGCUGGUUAACUUGGCUGACGGCUCAUUCCUUGUGAGAGAUAGCUCAGAUGACAGGUACCUGCUCAGCCUGAGUUUCAGAUCACAGAGCAAAACCCUGCACACCCGCAUCGAACACUCCAACGGACGCUUUAGCUUCUAUGAGCAGCCUGAUGUGGAGGGACACACGUCCAUUGUUGAUCUAAUCGAACACUCUAUCAAAGACUCAGAGAAUGGAGCUUUCUGCUAUUCCAGGUCUCGCUUACCAGGGUCUGCAACCUACCCUGUCAGACUAACCAACCCAGUGUCUCGGUUUAUGCAAGUGCGCUCCCUGCAGUACCUUUGUCGCUUUGUCAUCAGACAGUACACAAGAAUAGACCUGAUCCAGAAACUGCCCUUACCUAACAAGAUGAAAGAUUAUUUGCAGGAGAAGCACUACUGAGGACACAGAGAAAAGACAGUGGUAGCAAUUUGCACUUUUGUGUUCAGUUUAGAGAUUUAAACAAGGUUUACAGACAACCACAGUUUUGAGAUGCUAGUUUUCCAGUGGCUCCUGAUUUGUGUCCUAGUGACUCUGUCACUGUUCAGUCCUCCAUUCCACUCUUCCGGGUUUUUAUUUUGUUCACUGGUUUUCGGAGGCUACACAUUUUCCAGCACAUAACUUCUGCAAAAAAAUAAAGCAGAGGUUUGCAGCCAUGCUAGCUCCGUUCCAUACAUAAAGUGCAGACUUGGACAUGCAUUGUGUUGUAUGGUAAAACAUAAACAUCCAGCUCUGCAAAAAGAGAAAACAUUCAACAAAAAAUACGCAUUAAGUUGGGCCUACAGAAAUAUCUGAUAUUUGAAACUAACUAUCCACUAAAUUGUACAUUUCAAAGAUCAUUUUAGGGAUGGGAAAGUAUUGAUGCAAUGAAGUUUUUAUAUUUGAUUUAAACUUUCUGCAGGCUGACCAAUUUUGAUCACCUUUGGCUUUUAUUACUUGUAAAAUUGUAAGCUGUUAAUCAUUCUUUUCAUCAGGAUCUGACUGCAAAUGAAAGCUCCAUUCUGAAUUUAUACUAUGCAAUUAGUCAGAUAGCAAAGCUAGACUCCAUCCUGUAGCAAGUUAUGAUUGGUCACUCGUGUUUUUCAUGUUAAGAUUUUCACUAACUUGCUUUGCUUGUCAUCUGCUAGAUGCAGUUUCUUCCAACAGCUAACAAACUGAAAAUGUUUCUGCUGCAGUGUUUGGACUGGUGCUGGCUUUUGCUGUUGUGUUUGCUCCUGUACAGGCAAAUAAAUUGAUAUAUCUGUUAAAGUCCACAACAUUAAUGUUUGUUGCAAAAGAUGAUCAAAAUAUGUCAGUCUGUGAGGUUUUGAACAUUUUGGUCAGGGGGACAAUGGCCUUAAAUUACACGGCUGCAUGUUGCAAUUAUAUAACAUGCAGGCCUAAAGGUACUCACAAUGCUGGAUUUUUAAUGUGCUGUUGGUAAAAACAGCAUCACAUUGAUGUAUAAACCUCUUAGAAAUAUGUUAAUAUUAAACAUGAAAUCUUUCUGCAUUAGGAAUGUUACAAAAACUGCACUGCAGCUCAGGCCUAACAACUUUGUCACGAUCUGUAAUGCUUGUAUCUGCAUGUAGUAAAGGCUUUAAGACUGUCAAUUAAUGGCACUGUAGUGUUACUCUAAAUGAGAGAAGAUGUCAGUGUAAAAGGGUGAACAGUUUUGGCUGUUUAAUGCACAAUUGCAUUUACCUUAGGCAGUUUGAAAGAACAGAAAAUUACCCUCAAUUAACCUUUCCUGGAAAAAACAGACCUCAAGUCAAUUGAUUUGUAUUUAUGUAGUGUGAAAAUGGCUGUUUCUUAGUCUCUUAGUGCCAGCAAUAAGCUGGACCCAGAUCAAAGGAACCCCAAAAAUGGUGUGAGCUUAGGUAUAAGGACUUGAGAAAGUCAGGGUUAAAUCCCCUUCGCCAUCUAGGAUUGAUGCCAGGGUUUCAGCAUAUGACAAAAAAGUUCCAUCACAGCUGCUGCAUGGUCGCAUCAUUAGUGUCAUAUGGGUUUCAAGGACACUCUCAGAAACAUAAAAACAUACGGUUUCUACUGUUGUCCUGACAGAGCUGCACUACCCCUCAGAUUGUCUCUACAUGGCUGUUUGUGCCAGAGUAAAGGGAAGAGCACACAGUAUGCUACGCAAGUGCUUUAUAUGGAUACAAUGACAGGGAAUUGUGUUUUCACAUUAUGAAUGAGCAUCUUUUUUUGACAUCAGUGUCCUUAAAAGUAUUCGGUCUCUCAGACAACUUUGGUAGGUUGUUAGCAAAUAGUUCUAGUUUUAGUUAGUGGGAAAUGUCUGCGUCUGAGGAAGCUGCGACGAAUCUAGCACAGCAAAAAAUUAGAUAGGAACUUUUGAACGGUGUUGCAUGUUUUAAAGACUUAGCAUUUAAAGCUUUGAGUUGUAUAGGAAUGAAGGAUCUAGGUUGUGUGUUGAUUGUGUAGAGGGAUGUCUUCUUUUCUGUCACAAAACAUUGGCUGGACAUUCUGUGUACAAGAGAUGUUUUUUCUUUUUGAAUCCUUAUGUGAGUUUGUUUUUUGACAUUUGCCAUCUGGGGAAUGGGGCUGUACAAAAAGGAAUGUAUGCUUGUUUGAGGUUUCCAUUUUAUCUGCCUGCAGAACAGUUUCAGAAAGCAUGAGAAUCAUAAAAAAAUCUACAUUGACACAUUUUUGCACUUGAAUAUUCUCCAUUUGACAUGCUUGGAUCCUUUCCUGCCUAGAGUUGUCCUUCAGAUGGCCGUUUUUUUUUCUUGUUUAAAGAAAUCUAGUCACACAUUUGUCCUUGUGUGUUCAUAGAAUUGUUUUGAUUAAAUGGUUUUGUUUGUGUCAUAUCUGUGGGAUAUAAAGGGUAAGGCACCAGCAUCAUAUCAAAGCCUCUACUAAUGCUCUCGGCUGUCAAGGAAUGGGAUCAUGGCAAGAAUGUGGAUGUAAAUUUACUUUUGGGUGUAUGUGUUUCAGUUGUAAUGUGAAAGUGAAAUGUUAGUCUCUUUUAAUACAACUUUCUUUCCACUUUAAUUUGUCACCCAGUUAUGACAUGCAGGAACAGUUUCAUACAGUGUUGCUGCUGUGAUGUUUCUAAAUACUUAUUUAGCUUAUUAUUAAGCAUUAUUGCCUUCAAUGUUUGAUUCCAGAGGUUGAGGCUUGUUCAGGCUGCUGAAGAGUUUUGAAUUAUUAACAGCUGUUUAGCACUUAACAAGCUCCGACGUUUUCUCUUUGUGCAUCUCGGUGAGUGAAGGUGAUUGUUUACAGCAUUAUGUUUGGAAAAGCCCCUCCCUGUUUUCUUUUUGUUUACCCUCUCUCACAUGAACAUCUUGGUACAAUUUGAAAUGAUUUCAUUUUUAAUGUGUUCUACACAUUUUGUGCUGCUUUAUGGAUAUGAUUGCCUUUCUUGUAUUUAACAAUGGGGGAAAUAGAAUGUCACCAAUGUAGAUGUAUGUACACAUAAUGACUUUGGUCAUCAUCCUGGGAGAGCGAAACAAAUUUGUCAACAACUGUAGUCAGUUCAAAGAGCAUUAGUAGCGAUUAGUAAAACCCUCUGUAGAAUUACCGGUUCACUCCAGUUUACAUUGGUUGUCAAAUUUCCAAAGUAGAUGGUCUUUUUGUAUUUUUUCUUUUGGAAAAAAAUCAACAGUGAAUUUAUUGCACACUUUGGAUACAGUUCAAGAGUUUUUUGUAUCUGCCAAUUAUAAAUUAUAAAUAAAAAACUAUAUUC